AUGAAGCGCAAACAGCGAGAGAGCGAUGAAGGCCGUUCAGUGACACCUAAACGCGCUCGCCUCUGCCGCCUCGAGCGUACACUUUCCAACCUGUCUCUCAACAACACCACCACCGCUCCUCAUGACGUAAAAAUGAAGCGAUCCACUUGGUACGAGCCUCAGCCUGACCGUAUCGUCGUCACUGACCUCGACUCGUCCGACGACGACAACGACAAUGACAACGACAACGACAACGACAAAGACCCUGCACUCUCGAUAUCCCCUGCACUCAUAGACCGCAUCCGCUCCCGUCAGCUCGUUUCCUCGCUCCCCACUCCCGCUUCUACUGCCUUGGUGCUCUACCACCCUCUACCAGCACCCAUUCCCACCACAGAACAGCCAGCCAAGCAGCACCAGCAGCCACAACCACAACCACAACCACAACAACCCAAAGAUAACAACGACGACGAUGCCAUGGACGUGGAAUACUGA